ACCACACAAGCCGACCUCAAGUAUCUUGAGGUCGAUCUCAUAACAGUCGACACGUCACCCAGCUGUUCUGCACGCAUCCGAGGGACCACCGACUACUGCCGAGCUAGGGCGACCGGUCCACGCGACCUGACAUUCAAGAGAAGGAACGGAGGCCGUAACAAGCAUGGCCGCGGCCAUGUGAACUUCAUCCGCUGCUCCAACUGCGGCAAAUGCUGCCCCAAGAUGGUUUUCGGGUCCUUGAAUGAUUUGUUAGAAAUUUACGAUGUCAGAUUUGAGCUCCUUAAUGACAAGGCAAUCAAGAGGUUUCUGGUGAGGAACAUAGUUGAGCAAGCAGCUGUGAGGGACAUCCAGGAUGCCUGUGCUUUCGACACGUACACCCUUCCCAAGCUAUAUGUGAAGGUACAGUACUGUGUCUCGUGUGCCAUUCAUUCUAAAGUGGUGAGGGUCCGCUCUCGCACGGAUAGGAGGAACCGUGAGCCUCCAAAGCGCUUUAUUCGUCCAAGGGAUGACCAGCCCAGGCCCGGCCAAGCACCACGUGCUGGUGGAGCACCCGCAGCCCCCCGGGUUUAAUAUCCCGCCUUUCUCUUUGAUCGAGUGUGAUCUUAUUUUGCAAGUUUUAAUAUUAUUAGUUUGGUGGAUACUGUCUACUUUUGUCACUCAACCAUGACUAUUGUUGGUGGAGGAAAAAGUUCUUGACCAUUAUUAAAUUUGAGUUUGAUUUUAUGGCUUCAUGGAUAUUUACUGUUUUUGCCUAUGAACUCCUUGGAUGCGUUCUUGUCUUGUAAAAGGAUGUGAUGUUCUUAAACUGAGUUGGCCAUUCUUGGUGUUGGUUCAAUCUUCUCUCCGAAUUGAAUUUUUUGGAUACAAGGUUUCAUUUUGUGAGACUUUUAAUCUAUCAUAAAUAAAAAAGGGUUUUAAAA